AUGGAGAAUCGGAAGACAUCGGCGUACUAUGAGAACAGAGCGGUGCAGUUUGGCGUAGUGAGCACCGAGUGGCUUGCUCAGGCUCAAUCCGCCACUGUCCAUCCUGCCCCAUCUCCUCCUCUUCCUCCAUCUCAUAAUGACGCCGACAAACCUUUCUCCGUCAUCGAGGAGUUCAACGCGUGGCGUAAACAUCCCGAUUUGGCGGAGGCCGUGGCCGCCAUUCGCGCCUUGGCCGCCGUCAUCCGCUCCAGCAAGGCCACCACCAUGAUGCAGCUCGAAAUCCAACUCAAAAGCGCCUCCGAUUCUCUCAAACGUUGGGAUACGACCUCUAUCUCUUUAACCGCCGCCUGCGAUCUCUUCAUGCGAUACGUCACCAGGACUUCCGCUCUGGAAUACGAAGACUUCAAUUCCGCCAAGUCUCGCUUGCUCGAACGCGCUGAAAAAUUCGGCGAAAUCUCCUUCAAGGCUCGCAAUAUCAUUACAAUGCUGAGCCAGGAUUUUAUAUUCAACGGUUGCACAAUUCUUGUUCACGGUUUCUCCAGAGUCGUACUUCAGAUUCUUAAAUUCGCCGCACAGAAUAACAAGCUCUUUAGAGUCUUCUGCACAGAGGGGAGACCGGAUAGAACGGGUUUGCGGUUGUCCAAUGAGCUGGCCAAGCUUGAUGUGCCUGUGAAGCUUGUUAUAGAUUCUGCAGUGGCGUAUACUAUGGACGAGGUUGACAUGGUAUUUGUUGGGGCAGAUGGAGUUGUUGAAAGUGGUGGUAUAAUCAACAUGAUGGGGACUUACCAAAUUGCAAUGGUCGCCAAGAGUAUGAACAAGCCAGUUUAUGUGGCUGCUGAAAGCUACAAGUUUGCUCGGUUUUACCCUCUGGACCAAAAGGAUUUGGCCCCUGCCUUACGCCCAGUUGAUUUUGGUGUGCCUAUUCCAUCCAAGGUUGAGGUUGAAUGUUCCGCGCGAGAUUAUACUCCUCCUCAGUAUCUCACUCUGCUUUUCACCGAUUUAGGUGUUCUCACUCCAUCAGUUGUUAGUGAUGAACUCAUCCAGCUAUACUUGUAG